CGAGACAUCUUUAGAGAAGAAGAGAAGCAGCAGCCUCUUCAUCGCCCCUUCCGCCUUCUCCGAUCGCCACCUCCUUCUCCGAUCGAUCCUCCGAUCACAAGCUUAAAUCCGAAUGGUGGCCAUGGUUGCCCGGGGCAGUAGCCCUCUCCCUCCCUCUAUUUCUAUUCAAGAAAAGGGUAGCAGAAACAAGAGAAAGUUUCGAGCUGAACCACCUCCUUCAGAGCUGAGUAUGCUCCCACCAGCAGUUCAAUCUGAGUGCGCCAGCUACGAAUUAGCUUCUGUGGAAAAAGCUCUGGGUAAUCUGGCCCUUGAACACCAUCCUGUUGUAUGUGAUUUGUGUAAUUCUUUUGCAUAUGGCCAUGAUAGGGAAUUGGAAUCAAAUGAGUUCCAAGAUGCUGAUUGGGGUAACAUCACAGAAACUCAGCUUGAAGAGAUGUUGUUGAAUAAUUUAGAUUUGAUCUUUAGGACUGCGAUCAAGAGUAUUGCUUCUUAUGGGUACUCUGAGGAGGUUGCAUCCAAUGCUGUUUUGGUCUCAGGCAUUUGCUAUGGGUAUAAAGACUUUGCUUGCAACAUUGUGGACAAAGCAUUGGAAUACUUAAAAAGUGGGCAUGAAGUGGAAUCUUCAUUGAGAGAGACUUUUAAUGAGAAUCUGCAUAAGUUGGAGAAGACUGUAUUGGCGGACAUGGUUGGGGUGCUUAAAGAGGUCCAGCCGUUCUUGAGCAUCGGUGAUGCUAUGUGGUGCUUGCUCAUUUGUGAUAUGGAUGUCGCAACAGCAUGUUCAAUGGAGGGUGAGCUUUUGAGCAUUUUGGGAAAUGAUGAGACAUCCGGUGCUUCUACUGCACUCCAACAAUCAGAAUCAGAAAGCAAUUCAAACAUUUCUGCUCCAGUCACUUCUGGAUUUGAUCGUCCUGGAUCGAAAAAGCGGAAUGCAUCCUUACCUUUUCCUCAUAAGACUCAACAACUAAUCACCAUGCCCUCUGCUGGUGUCUCAACAUGUAGCAAUGUGCAUGGUACAAUUCCAAAUCUUGGUUCUUGGAAAGAAAGUAAGAUUGUUUCACCUGCUCUUGGCGUAGAAGAAUCAACAACUCUUUCCAUGUCUCAACCAUAUGCAAGGUUCUCGAGUCAUUUGCAUAGCACUGGUAGGAAACUUAAUCCAGGGAAGGAGAAUCCAAUAUCUUCAUCUGAUCAAAAUUUCACCUCUUUAGCUUUACCUCAACCAUCUUUUCCAGAGCAGAAGCCUGCCAGUAGUAGAAACAGCCACGUUAGCAGUUCCAAGAGGGAUUCUGCCCUGCGACAAAAGUCAACCCAUGCUGACAAGAACUAUCGAGCUUUUGCCAAAGCUGCUUUGAGAUCAGGAAAACACAGUAAUUUUGGUGGUCUCAUGUUAGAUAAGAAAUGCAGGUCGCUUCCUGAUUCGACGAGUAUAAAUCUCAAGAGUGCCUCUUUGAAGAUAAGUAAAGUGGUUGGGACAAAUAGAGCUCAAAUGGAUGCCAUGCCUAGUCUUUCAUUUAGUGCUGGCUCAUCUGCCAGUUUGCCAUAUAACGUGGAAACUGUUAGCCAUCCAACUCCACUAAAUAUUGCAAAUACUGACCUUUCCUUAUCACUCCCUUCUGCAAGCACUAUAGAUUUGAAUGCAAAAUCUAAUUGUUUUUCUGAGGUUGCAAGCUACAGUGACCAUACCAGCAUCACAUCUGGUGGUUUGCCUGAGCAAUCAGUUCCUCUAGACAAGAAAGAUGAGGAGCUGCUAAAGUUGGUCCCUGCUGUUCGGGAUCUCCAGGCUGAGCUGCAGGAGUGGAAUGACUGGGCCCAACAGAAGGUGAUGCAGGCUGCUCGUAGGCUUACCAAAGAUCGAUCUGAGCUGCAAACCUUGAGGCAAGAGAAAGAAGAAGUCGGCCGUCUUCGAAAAGAGAAGCAAUCUUUAGAAGAGAACACAGUGAAGAAGCUAUCAGAGAUGGAGAAUGCAUUAUCCAAGGCAGGCGGCCAGGUUGACAGGGCCAAUGAUGCUAUGCACAGGCUUGAAGUCGAGAACUCUGCUUUGAGGCAGCAGAUGGAGGCCGCAAAGUUACGUGCUGCACAGUCAGCAGCCAGUUGUCAGGAAGUUUCAAGGAGGGAGAUGGAGACUCUUAAAAAGGUUCAGUUAUGUGAGAAGGAGAUGUCAUUAUUACAAGAGGAGCUAGCUAGUGUAAAGCGCAAGUUGUCUCAGCUGCGGCAACACCUUGAACAAGAGAAAGAUCGCCGAGAUCAACUUGAGGCCAGAUGGCGACAAGAAGAAAGAGUGAAAGAUGAAGCUAUCAUGCUGGCCAACGCUCAUAGGAAAGAAAGAGAACAGCUUGAGGCUUCUGGAAAAUCAAAGGACAAUGAACUAAAGCUCAAAGCAAUAAAUGAUACCCAGAAAUACAAAGAUGGCAUUGGGAGACUUGAGCAGCAGAUUGCGCAACUAAGGCUAAUGACAGAUUCUUCGAAGAUUGCUGCACUGAGAUGGGGCCCAGACGGUAAUUAUUCUUCACGCGAGGUAGACGGAAAGGACAGAAAUGCUCAUUAUCUCGCAAAGAUCACUGAUUUCAUGGAACUUGAGGACGAGGAAAUACAGCGUGACAGAGAAUGUGUAAUGUGUCUGUCUGAAGAGAGGUCUGUUGUUUUCCUUCCUUGUGCUCACCAAGUUGUUUGCAGGGAAUGCAAUAAUAUACAUGAGAAGCAGGGGAUGAAGGAUUGUCCUUCAUGUAGGACAGUAAUUCACCGAAGGAUUUGUGUUCGAUCUGUCAACCCUUAGCGCUUAUAUUUCCUGAGUUUCAGUCAGGACUUUCAGAAUGUUGUUUAACAAUAAUGCUUUGUGUAGCUUUGAAGCUAAAUAAUGAAUGAGUCAAAAGAAUUUCUGUUCUACUGAAAAUAGCUCUGUGCUUGAGCUUUGUAAAUCAAAAUGCAAAAAUGUUUGGUUUUA